CGCACAUCUCCUUCCUUCUCUGCUCAUGGCUACCACUCUCCUCGCCCAGACGCGCACCGCCCUCGUCGUCGAUGUCGACUCUAUGGACCCCGAUGUUGCAGCCCGCCACACUUCCGCGACGGAGCGCUUCUGCGACAUGACCUCCAACCAGGCCAUCGUCUACUCCGAGUCCAUCCGCCCAGAGCGUCUGCCGCUCUUCAAAGAAGCCGUGCAGAAGGCACGCGCGAGAGGCAAGGUCCUCAACGAGCAGCGCAUUGUCGACGAUGCCGUCGAUCUAUUCACCGUCCUCCUCGCGAAGGCCGUAUACCCGCACCUCACGGGCCGCGUUCAUGCCCAGACCUCCCCCGCAGCUGCCUACGAUACAGAGGAAACCAUCGCACACGCGAAACGUCUCGUUUCCGUCUUCGAGGCCAACGGCAUCCCCAAGGAACGGAUAUCCAUCAAGAUCCCCACCACUCCUGAAUCUAUCGUGGCCUGCCAAUAUCUCGAGAAGAUCGGCAUCCGCACGCUCGCCACCUGCCUCUUCUCCGUCUCGCAGGCCCUCGCCGCCUCUGAAGCCGGAUGCCUCUACAUCGCCCCGUACUUUAACGAACUGCGCGUCCACUUCGAGCCCGGCAUCUGGAAAGAGUACAAGGACACGGCCGCCGAACACCCGAUGGCCUUGGUCAUCGCCGAUAUCGUCAAGACGUACAAGCAGAUCGGAUCCAAAACCCUCAUCAUGCCCGCCAGCAUCGUCACGGCAGCCGAAGUCCUCGCCUUGGUGUCCCUCCACCCGGACCACCUGACCCUCUCCGGGUCAGUCCUCGACCAACUCGCGGCCCUCCCUGCCGCAGAGUUUCCGCCGAGCGCGCCCGCAGCACCCCCCACCGAAUCCUCGUCCGACCCGUCGACCGACUACCUCGCUUCUGGCGGGGCCAACCUCCGUGCGGCCCUCGCCGCCGACGCAGAGAGUACUCGCAAGCUCGCCGACGCGCUCAAGAUCUUUGGCGAAAUGGAGGACAAGCUCAAGGACCUCGUCCGCAAGGAGCUGACGACGACGACAUAACACCCAUACCAAAUACUGGAGCACUCCACUGUACAAAUAGAGUACAUACAACGACAUCGAUGAAUGUAUAUACCC